GCAGUCCCCACUGCGGACACUUGUGGGGUUAAAUGCCCUCACCAGCUGAUAGUCACAAGGUGGCACGACGCAUGCGCAGCGACACCUAGUGACUGGGAUUAGAAAAUGGCGGAAACUCAGUGAACAGAGUGAAAUAUUAACCAGGGACCAUGGAGGGUGAGCACAACGUUACCACAUCGUCGCCAUCUCCAACAACUACAAGCACUUCUGCUUCCCAUCCUCCCCCUAUCUCUGUGUACAGCUCAGACCGCCAUGCUGUGCAGGUUAUUCAACAGACACUAAAUCGUCCUCCUAGCUCUGCGGCCCAAUAUCUUCAGCAAAUGUAUGCAGCCCAACAGCAACAUCUAAUGCUCCAGACAGCAGCACUCCAACAGCAGCAUUUGAGCAGCACACAGCUUCAGAGUUUGGCCUCUGUUCAACAGGCAGGUGUGUCUGGCGACAGACGGUCUGUUUCUCCUUGCGCUGUUAGCCAGCAGUCCUCUGUUCCUCAGUCAUCUCUUAACCUCUCCACUUCACCUCCUCCAACGCAAAUUGUUAGUCGAUCACAAACAUCCAGCACAACAAGCAGCAGUAUUACACAGAAAACAAUGUUACUUGGAAGUACUUCUCCGUCUCUGAGUGCAAGCCAGGCUCAGAUGUAUCUACGAGCCCAGAUGCUUAUUUUCACUCCGGCUGCCACUGUUGCGGCUGUGCAGUCGGACAUUCCUAUGAUCUCGUCAUCUCCAUCUUCAACCUCCAGUCAGUCAUCUGCCACUCAGGUUCAGAAUUUAACACUGCGGAGCCCACCAAUAUUGGAAUUAUCUUGCCCUCAAAACAGUCCUCCAAAAAUAAAUAACCACGAACAGCCCCUCGCCAUGUGUCACAAGACAACCGUCACCAGCUCCAAAACCAUACACACUGACUCUUAUGAGGCAAGCCGUAAAGGAGAAAGUCCUGGAUCAGAAUCCCGCUGCACCGCCGUAACACGCACAACAAGUUUACAUCAGCUGCUUGCGCCAGUAUCCUAUUCAUCAGUCCCGCCACAUUCUUUGGUUAAACACCCAACAAUGCAACUCCAUCCAGAUCCACCAAAGCUGCCACAUCAUCAAAUGAUAUUACAACAGCAGCAGCAGAUACAGCAUCGCCAUCAGAUCCAAACCAUUACCUUACAUAACCCAUCCUUAGAGUCCCCAUCUGCCCAACAGUGUGUGCCAGUCCAGAGCCCAGCAUUUCUGUCCCUUCCCAGCAGUGCUCAUUCACACCAUAGUACCCCAGCCCCUACUCCUCCAUCUCCAACUCUCACACACCCUUCCCAGCAGUCUGUAGUUGUAUCACCAUCUCCAGCACAGUCACCAUGUCAGUCUCCAACUAUAAUUAUUCACCCACAAGCCCUUCUUCAUUCUCAGCCGCCUUUGCUUGUGCAGUCACCACUUCCAUCCAGAGAAAAUACUCAUUUGCACAGCACAUUGCAUCCAUCACCACAGGUGGUUAUUCCAACACAUCAUUCAUCUACAGUAACUCCAGGAAGCGAUACUGGAUCAUCACAUCAACAGAUAAUAGAAUCCACUGCACCGCACUUAAUGUCUCCUAUAGAUCCAGUGCAGUCAACACUCCAGUCCUUGCCACCACCAAUCGCAUCCUCCCCAAAUUUGCCUGCAUCUCCACCUUCACAGCUUCAGUCAUUGCCUUUACAGUCCAUGCAGACCAUAUCGGUACAGCCAGAAAUCUUAACACCAGGCCAGGUUCUGGUGCAGAAUGCAUUACUGACAGAAGAAGAGCUUCCUGCUGCAGAAGCACUUGUUCAGCUGCCUUUCCAGACACUUCCACCACCUCAGACAGUUGCCAUAAACCUGCAUAUACCGCAAGCACCAGUGGAGCCACCAGUGGUUUACCAAGUAGGAAAUUUGUGUUCUGAAGAAGUGCCAAUAGAACAACAAGAAUGUGUACGUGUGAUUACACAGGCCCCCACACCUCCGACGCUAUCUCCCCCUGCGCUUCCUUUAGGAAGUGGAGAGGAGCUUCCUGUAGAUCAUAUCAUGCAAGGUCUCCCUACAGCUGUGUCCUCAGUUAGUGCCUCAGUUAUAAAGUCCCCAUCUGACAAUUCAUAUGCCUCCAUACCAGCACCACCACUGCUUCUACCGGCUGCUACAACUAGAAGCAACAGUACCCAGAAGCCUAACAGCAUUCCAGGCUUGGAUAGCAAGCUUCCUCAAGCCAUAGUGAAACCACAGAUUCUGACCCAUGUCAUUGAGGGAUUUGUCAUUCAAGAAGGCCUAGAACCAUUCCCCGUGAGUCGAUCUUCCCUCCUUGUAGAUGAACCUGCUAAAGGGAAUCUGCCGCUUGAUGAACAGACUAUGAACCUUACUGACAUGGAGUCGGACAUUCAGAGCACAGCCAAGCUUCCGGACAACUCCACUGACUCAGAUGUAGACGAUCUAACAGCUGAGGCAGAAGGUGUCGAUGAGCUGGAAAGUGAACUCUUGCAGUGUGAGUUUUGUGGGAAAUCGGGCUAUCGAAACAAGUUCCUGAGAUCGAAGAGAUUUUGUUCACAGUCAUGUGCAAAAAGGUGUAAUAUAAGCGGUACAAAGCAUCUUGGGCUUUACAAGACUGAUAAAGGCAACAGAUGGAGUAGAAAAUCUGAAGGAAAUCUAGGGCGGCGUGGGAGGCGUCCACACAGCUCUGGAGGCUCAGCACGAGACCACUAUUUAAGACAGCAGCUCUCCUCUUCAUAUGCUGAAGCUUUAGAGGAUCCCAUCCCGGUGCCUAUGACCACUCGUCUGCGGAGGCAAAGUGAGAGAGAGCAGGAGUUGCGUCGUCUUCAGAUAAGGAAAAUAUCUUCGCCAUCUGAGUCCCCACCUGAUACACAGACUGAGCCAUCUCUAUGGACGGUUGAAGAUGUGUGGGCAUUCAUACAUUCAUUACCAGGCUGCCAUGAGAUUGCAGAUGAAUUCAGGACACAGGAAAUUGACGGACAGGCUCUUCUUUUAUUGAAGGAAGAUCAUCUGAUGAGCACCAUGAAUAUUAAGUUGGGACCAGCCCUUAAGAUUUGUGCCCGCAUUAACUCACUAAAGGAAACAUAGUUUACUACAAGGCGGCAUUAACUAAGUGUACAGUGAAGAAAUAGUCUUUGCAAGUAGACAGUCCACGCAUUGGAUAGUUUUGUAGUCAUUUGUUUCUUGAAUCAGUGUAAGCCUGUUCCAUCACUGGACAGUCAAUGGAGAUUUUGAAAGAACCAGCACUUGGUAUUUACAAAGAAAACGCUCAAUACAGCUGAAGGCAGAAACCACAUGGAACAUUUGGUCCCUUAUUUUGCAAAUUGGUCCUCAUUUAUAUAUUUAAUUCCAGUUUUCUUCAAUUUCUAUAACUGGGAACAUGUUGGGUAGUUGAGAUUCUGUAACGUAUUGUUCUGAACAUUUCCCUACAUACUUAACUUCCAUUGUAUGUUUUCUACCACUUGUAUUUUUCUAUCUUACUGAAAGUGAAUCAAGUAUUGCACAGACAGAUCGCCAGUAUUCUUUAUAUCUUAAAAGCUAUGUAAUAUGAAAGCUUUGCGUGAUUUAAUAAGAACUACGGUACUUUCCACAUUGUAUUAUAUAAUACGUCAGUGAUCUUCAGUGUGAAAGCAUUUGUCAUAAUACAAAUAUGCAGCCAAAGUUACUUGGCACUGCAUUGACCUUAAUAAAGAAGCUCUCCACCUCCCAAAGUAUUCAUAGCAUGAUGGGUUUUAUUUAGCUGUUCACUUCAUGAAUAUUAAUGGACAGAAUGAAUGUGGUUUUAAAAAGUAAAGCAAUAUGGCACCUUGCUUUUGUUACAGUAUAAGGAGAAAUCGUUAAGUAUCUUGAAUAUAUGCAAUGAAGGCUAUGUAUACAUAUGAACAUUUCAGAUGUAAGUGACAAAUAUUUAUUACUAUUUGUGUUAACAUGGACUCUGUAGUGUCAACUGAUGUGUCCUUGAAAAACAAAAAGUAAAACAAUUGGAGAAUUAC